AAAAAAGGGAAAAAAGAACGAGUUUGUUCACUAUUCUUCAGUCGAUUUAACUUGAAUGGAUCGAGCUUUCAUCUUUUUGAUCUGUAUUACUCCAUUUAUUCUUGAUAGAAGUCUUGCUGCUGUUUUUGAUGUAACAAGUUAUGGCGCUGUUGGAGAUGGAAAGCACGACGACACUCAAGCAUUCAAACAAGCUUGGACAGCUGCGUGUAGGGGUGAAAGUAGAAAUCCGUCAAUGGUUAUACCAAGUGGAAAGUCAUUUUUAAUACGACCUAUUACAUUCCAAGGACCUUGCAAAUCCUCCAAUAUUCAUCUACAAGUAUCAGGAUCAAUUGUAGCACCAGAGGAUCCAAAGGAAUGGAAAGGUUGUGAAAAUGUUAGUUGGAUAUAUUUUACAGGUGUUUUUGGUCUCUUCAUCAAUGGUUCUGGUACUAUUAAUGGCAAUGGUCAACGCUGGUGGAAUACUCCUAGUGGUAUCAGGGUGAACGGAACUUGCACUAAACCAACAGCUGUCCACUUUAAUUAUUGUAACGGCCUUCAAUUGAGUGGAAUUAAGCUAGUGAAUAGUUCGAGAAAUCAUAUAAGCCUGACUUACAGCAAAGGAGUAACCAUCUCAAAUAUUCAUAUUAGUGCACCAAAAUAUAGUCGCAAUACUGAUGGUAUUGAUAUCUCUAACUCUAGCCAACUUCACAUUCAAGACUCCACUAUUCAGACAGGUGAUGACUGCAUUGCCAUCAAUACUGGGUGCGUUGAUGUUCAUAUUUCUGGUAUUUCAUGUGGACCAGGGCAUGGUAUAAGUGUGGGAAGCUUAGGUCCAGAUAACACAUAUGCGUACGUGGAAAACGUCUAUGCAACAAAUUGUAACCUUGAGGGAACCCAGAAUGGUGUUAGAAUUAAGACAUGGCAGGGUGGUUCUGGAUAUGCUAGGUCUAUACAUUUUGAAGAUAUUCACCUCAAAAACGUAGAAAACCCCAUCAUUAUUGAUCAGUUUUAUUGCAAUGGAGGUCAUUCAUGUCAACCUCAGGUAAGUGCAGUGAAAGUGAGUGAUAUAACAUACAAGAAUAUACAUGGAAGUACAAGCAGCAAAGCAGCAAUAAAUUUGAACUGUAGCAAUAGCACAGCUUGCACCAACAUUGAGAUGGAGAAUAUCAACAUAAUUCCAGUUGUCCCUGGACAAAAGAUUUUUGCUAUUUGCAAUAAUGCCAAAGGAAAAGCCUCUUCAACUUCACCUCCUGUACCUUGUUUGGAUAAAUAUUAAAGCAUAUUUUCCAUUUAUUUAGUUCCAUGCCAUUUGCAGUGUGGUAAUUAGGUUUGACAAAAACUACCGACACAAAGCUAAUAUAUUUAAAUUUAUAUAACGAAUGUUGUUAGAUGCAGUAUGUAAAACAUGUGUUUGUAUGUUUUCCAAUUAAAAAUGAUAGA